AUGUUCGUCGUCACGCUCCUCGCACUCGCACUAGCGGUCAACGCUGCAGCUGCUUCGACUAACUCCAGCAAUCUGGGCCAACAGGCUGUCCAGACGCUGCUGCAGUACGGGCGACCAAUCCUUGGAGACUACACGUCGUGCAAUGAGGGGUUGUGCACUUGGAUGAGCCAGUUCCCUGAUGACCUGUCCAUCGUCCGCAUGAACAUCCCCGGAGUGCAUGACACCGCGACGUGGAACUACUCGCAAACGACACAGGACUCCCUCGAGCACAUCACUGCUUCAGGCAUCACAGGGUCUGAAGCUUACCAACCCGAGCCAGCUGAGUUCUACAGGUGUCAAGACCAGCCUAUCUUUGAGAUGCUCAACGGCGGAAUCCGUGCUUUCGACUUGCGCUAUGCCUUCGAUCCCACUAACAGCAGCCUUGUGUUCUAUCACAGUGCGGCACUGCAGAGCGAGACCGCGACCGUGCAGGACAUUCUGUAUGGUUUCUACCAUUGGCUGGACGACCAUCCGAGCGAGGCAGUGUUCCUGUCGUUCAUGUACGAGAGCUCGACGACGGAGUGGGCACAGAACAAUGCUGCUGUCCAGCAAAUGCUAUAUGGGACUCUCACAAAUGAUGUUGCGCAGGAGUACAUCUCGCCAAUCAAAGACCGAUUUGGCACCCUCGGUGAUAUCCGCGGCAAGAUCGUCCUGCUCAGGCGGUUCACGCUCGAUCUGCUGCCUGCUUCGGCUGAAGCCACCAUUCCAGGUGUUCACUUCCCUCCUUCCAACUGGACCGACAACUCCCCCAAUAUAACUUUGAUCUACAACCUGCAGACCAAUGGCAUCGCCUACAUCGAGGACUACUACGAGAUCGGGCUCCCGAACGGUGCGGGCGCAGCCCUCAACAUCCAGUGGAAGUUCAACGCAACCACCGCCCACCUGGAAAUGGCUGCAAGCGAACAAUGGAAGGACAGCCUGUUCUGGAGUUUUGCGAGCAGCGAGCAUGAUACGGAUGUGCCCAGCCCGGAGACGCCGAUCAUCCAAGCACUCGGGAACGGAACUGAUGUUCCUGGAGUGAACCAGAAGCUUCUCCCUUGGCUCGAGGCGCGCAAGGGCUCUAGAUGGGGUAUUGUCAUGCUGGACUUCUUCGGCAACAUCCCUGGACUGGUGAAGGCUGUCAUCGGCAUCUGAGUGCAGGAGAGUAUUUGUGUCAACUUGUCCGUGGGAACCUCGAACAGCACAGACUAAAUGACGCGAGAUCUUUUAUACAUGAUGAUGAUUCACUUCGUGGCCGGCGUCGACGGUUUCCAUUCAGAACGAUUGCCAGCCGUGGCAGGACUGACUGCCAGCCCGACUGAACCUACACGCCGUGUGACUACGCAGCAAAGUCACUAUUGACUCAUUCCUUACGACGACAUCCGCAACUGCUUGCUCAAAUGUUUGCUGAAGAUCCCAUUGGCGACAAUUAAAAAACACUUGUCAUUGCUGGCUUUGGUGACGGGGAUGUGGAAUCCCAUGACGUACCUCUCUCUCAACGUCAGUUUCGUCAACUGUCAUCGACUGCACAAAUACUGGCGUUACAUAGGCGUAUGUAUCACCAGUAUCUUUG